CAGUUUCUGUUUUCUCUGUGGUUACAGUGUUCUGUUACUUUAAGCUCUGGCUGUGUCUUAGCUGUCAUUAUUUUUGACCUUGAAGAAAACACUGUAUUUACCAUUCCUGAGAAUGACAUCGUUAUAACUACUGGGACCUGUCGUGGGCGUUUGAAAUGCAUUUGUAGCUGUUGUGUUUGGAUUAGUAAAAUAAUUAUACUAAUUGUUUCUUGAGGUAAUCUAGUUCAGUGCAUCUCUCUUGUACCUGUCUGUGGACUUAGUGUUUCCUAAAGCCAGAGUGUAAACAGACCUGUUUCUCUGGAAUGUUGUUGUAACCGAACCAGGAAACUGGUUAAACUUGUGCAGAAGAAUGGUGGCUAUGUUUGCAAGUGUGAGAUGAAUGGGAUCCUGUUGUUGACCCGUCUGUUCUAUCACAAAAUUACCAUAACUUAUUUUUAUUUCGUUCAUUCUGAAACUCACUGGUUUCAAAGUGAUCUUAUGUAAGAUUUUACCAUUUUGUUUCUGCCUCAACUCCCGUGGCAGUAAUGACAUCAUUACAUUUAUCAAAAGCUUUCAAAUGUGACCCACUCUCAGAUUAACAACAUCAAUCCUCCAUCCCUGAGGGGAGAACACACACCUACCUACACCUCCGAGCCUGCUAUAGACUGUAAUAAUGUCUAAUCUCUGCUGCCGCUGCUGGAUCUCCGGCACCAGAAGACUGAAUCACCCGAACUAGUUAGAGCAUUUAUAGCUGUAUGGCCUAGCAUAAUGAAAAGAUUAUGAAAAUUAACACCUGCAGAAAUGAUAGUCAUGAUAUCUGGAGGCAACAGGCUUGGGACCACUGUUUGUCUUUAUGGACUGGGGGCUUCUGUGGCUCUGCCUGUCUUGGUUCUCACCAGCAGCACGGGCUGUGAGUCGUCAGCACCAGGGGAAAAAGAGAGGGAUUUAGCUGAUGAGUGAGUCAUACCUCAGACCACUGCGCAGGUCAGUGACCUGUCAGAUCAGCCAGAAAAGUGAGAAAGUGUACUGAGGGAACACACAGGAAUCCAGGAAGUAGCCCUGAGCUAUGAAACAAAUAACGGCACUGCUGCGUAUUCACUCCCACUCUAGUCUCUCAUGGUGAAGUACUCUGACUCACACUGUUGGACCUGAAGCCCAAUCAUGUCAUAAUAAUCACAAACCUGUACUACAUCAAAUAAUAAUAUGCACAGCAUCAUUUAAAAAAGGGCCAAAAAUAGCAAGAAACGUGGGAGGUCAUUUUAAUUGGACAUUGUAAAUAGACAGAGAAUGAAAUUUGUUUGCUGCAUUUAACCAAUAUCUGGGGAGAUUUAUUUCUUAUUAGUCAACUCACAACAACCUACAGCCAGGAUGGGAUUCAAACCUACAUAUAUAUAUAGUCUGUAUCAAACCCUAUCCUUUUACGAUUUAUUCUCUGACCAGGAAUCAAGGCCCAGCCUCGGCAGUAAAAGUGUCUAAACUGAACUACUAGACCACCAACAGAUGUUGUUAAUGACCCAAUGAAAACAUUUUCAAAAAUGUUGGUGCACCUUCUAUAAAUUCAGUUAACCUGACAUCUGUACUUUGGUAAUGCUGCAGAACAAAACGGUUUAUCAGGCAACACUCUACAAUUCAGUUUAUUUUUUAAAACAUGCAGUAAUCUGGACUCAUCUGACCACGGAACACAGCCUUAGUCUUGUGGGUCCAUCUCAGGUGACCUCAUUCCAGGCAGAGUCUGAUUUAUCUAUGACUUCUUCUUUUGAAUCAGUCCCUGAAAGCAUUUUUUGAUGCAGUACUUGGCUGUAAUGAAGGACCCAUUACAUCCAUUACAGUAGCGUAGUUGUUUAGUCUGAUGCAGCGGUGCCCACAUUUUUUUGGCUCAGGAGCUAAUUAUGAAAUGAGCAGUGGACAGAACAUUACCUUAAGUACUUCAGGUAUCUUUGUUUAUGAAGUCUUUGGUUGGUGCUCCUUUCAUACUAUAACAGUCUUCAAAGAACCUCUGUGAAUGUUUAUGUUUAUUGCAAGUAUAUAUUUCUAGUCUGUUCAACAAAUUGAAUUAAGUUUUCACUAUUAUAACUCAAAAGUACCUUUGUCUUUGUUGACUUUUUAGUAUUUUUAAGUGUAAUGACUGUUGAAAUUCGGUUAUUUCUGCUUCAGAAAACAAAAAUCACUUCAUGCCUCUUAACUCAUAUUUUCGUCUAUUUACAUACACAUUGCAGCAGAAUGUUCCAAAAUGUAUUAAAAAUGGUGAAAUUUCGAUUACACAGACAAGGGGGAAUAAUAAAGGCCUUAUUACGGGUUUUUGGAUCACACCUGAAGAUCUCUGAUUUUCUCCAGAUACGCCUUCAGCAUAACUUAAUAAAUGCAUUUAAUAUAAGAUGACAGAGUUCAUUUUUACAUUGCUGCCUGUGUGAAAAAAAAAGCCCAAGAAUGACAACGUGACAUACAAGAGAAAAAACACCGACAGUAUCACAGAGAAUACAAAAGCUCAGUGAUCCCCUGCGAUGGCAGCUCAGGUUAAUGAUUCCCUCACAUGUCAACAGACACGCUAUUGACACCCAGACUCUGCCUUCAUUCUCCGGCUGAAUAAAACAGCGUGUGUACGUUUGAAUGACGACACCUUCAUUUGCUGUUUGAGGAAGUUCCGUAGCUAAGAUCCACUGUUUGGUCCACUAAUCUAGUAUAAUCCAGCAUCGUCAGCCGGAACAGUAACACGAGCCACAACCAGAGGGCCACAGCAUUUCGCCACCCUGUGACGGGACAGAUUUCUCCGGAGAACGUGGAUUUUCUCCUGCAGGAACAGUCACAGGACGCUCGCAUCAUGUCCAAACCUGUGGGUGAGCAGCUCUCUAGCACCACCAUCAGUGACGCGUCGACUGCCAUGACCUCCUCCACUGUGGACACCUCUGCCUCUAAGGGCUCCCGCUCCAGUGGCAAACUGCACACCUUUGGAAAGAGAGAGCAUUCAAUCAAGAGGAAUCCUAAUGUUCCUGCGGUGGUCAGAGGAUGGCUGUAUAAACAGGACAGCUCUGGAAUGCGUCUGUGGAAGAGGAAGUGGUUUGUUUUGGCUGAUUUCUGCCUGUUUUACUACAAAGACAGCAGAGAGGAGUCAGUCCUGGGGAGUAUCCCUCUGCCCAGCUAUGUCAUUUCACCUGUGGGACCUGAGGAUCACAUCAGCCGAAAGUAUGCCUUCAAGGCUAGCCAUACUGGUAUGCGCACUUACAUUUACAAGCAGAGCUCUAUGAUUGGCUCACAGGCGGAGCACACUGGGAUGCGGACGUACUACUUCAGCGCUGACACCCAGGAAGACAUGAACACCUGGCUGCGGGCCAUGAACCAUGCAGCACUGAUGCAGAAUCACACUGAUGCAUUGAUCAGACCAUCUGACAAGUCAGAGAAGCUGAGCGUGUUACAGCAGCAGCAGCAGCAGCAGCAGCAGCAGCAGCAGGCUGUGCCACAGACCAACCACGUGAACCACCAUAAGACCAAGACUUCUGACUCGGACACCAACAGAACCAUAAUCCACGAGGUCCUUUUGGAGCCCAUACACCGCGACACAGAGGAGCGCUGCAGCUUCCCCAAAGACUUUCCCGUCACCACCGCCAACACCCUGGAGAUGGACACGCACAACUCCCUCCCCUCCAACACCACACCUCCAGCUCUCUCACAGUCAGACCACACAUCGGCCUCUGCACCCACAUCGAGGGCCCCUUCACGAGCACCAUCCAGAUCUGCCUCAACUCUACCACUGGGUCUCUGUACCCGGAACGGUCUUGUAGAAACACCGAGUCCAAAAAUGGAGCCCAACGGCAUCGCGACGGGAACGUACCAGAGGGUUCCGUCUUCAUCCACUCUUGACAUGCACAAGCAGGUGAAGAGGGGCGGUAGUCUGGAGCAAGUGGAGCAGUGGGUCAAAGUGCAGAAGGCAGAACAAAAAGGCCCCCCCUCCAGAGAGAACACCCUCCCACGUCGAACACCACCAACCCAACACAAGUUCACAUCUGCAGAUGUGUACCAAACCCUUCCAAAGACCCCCAGUGCUGCCCGACACGGUGAGUACAAGUACGCCCAGGACCGUCUGAACCACUUCCGCCUGACCCCAGAACAGGGUGCUCCGGGGACUAACACCGUCUGGCAGCUGUAUGAGUGGCAACAGCGCCACCAGUUCCGCCACGGCAGCCCCACAGCUCCGCUCUACACCCCAGCCCCAGAGUACCCGUUCGGCUCACGUCCGACGUCCACUGUGCCUACGUCCUCGGCCGCUAGGACUGAAGGAUCUCCUCGCUGUGUGUCAGUACCACCGACACCUGAAGACAACCCUCCACCGGGGCCUCCACUGGGCUACAGCCGAACUCUGUCACCCACAAAGAGACCACAUACACCAGCGGAGCGGGUGACAGUCAAGCCUGUGGGUGACAGAUCGGUGGUUGACGUUCCCUUCACUGUGUGUCCCCGGAGGACCAAAUCUCAACUGUUCAAGACCACUAAUAUUGACCGGCGGUCGAUGCCAACCACUGGCUACAUGACCCACACAGUCAGUGCACCCAGUCUUCACGGAAAAACGGUUGAUGACACAUACAUGCAGCUGAAGAAGGAUUUGGAAUACCUGGACCUAAAGGUUGGUGGAAGUCAGACACUGAAGGAGUCGGGGAAACCUGUCAGGGUGGCAGAAAGUGAUGUGGAUGUGAAAUUGAGUCGGUUAUGUGAGCAGGACAAGAUCCUGAAGGACCUGGAGGUGAGGAUCAGCACCCUGAAGGAUGAUAAGGAUAAGUUGGAAAGCGUGUUGGACAUGUCCCACCAGCAGAUGGAACAGUUCCAGGAGCAACCAGCCCACGCCCAGAAAAUUGCCUACCAGCAGAGGCUGCUGCAGGAAGACCUGGUGACUAUUAGAGCCCAGAUAUCCUGCCUGUCCACGGAGAUGGCCCAGGCCUGGGAGGAAUACAACAGGAUGGAGAGAUCAGUAGAACAGCUGAGGACAGUGUUGCGCACACACAUGAACUACAGUGACACUCCUCAGCAAGAGAAAGCUGAGAUGAAGCGUGAGCUGUGGAGGAUUGAAGACGUGAUGGCGGUACUGAGCUCCAGCAAAGUCAACUACCAGAUCACUAUUGACUCUGUCCAGAACCCAGAGAGGAAAUUAGUGCCUUCGGUGUCGGACCCCGCGGUGCUUCCUCGCAGCACGGAGGUCCGGCCUCCUCCACGUAGCUCCAUCCCCAGCAUCCGCUCUCAAACCCUGCCUCACAACAUGGUGCCAAAGUGGGCAGAGGAUAGCGCCCCUCCUAGGCCUCCUCUACCUCGCCUCUAUGACUACGAAGAGACACCUCCUGAGGUUCCUCCUCUGCCGAAGGAGGCCUCGGUCAUCCGUCACACAUCGGUGCGAGGACUGAAACGCCAGUCGGAUGAGAGGAAGAGGGACAGAGAGAGUGGUCAGUAUGUGACCAACGGAGACGGUAAGGCCGACCUGCGGUCGUACCUGAGUGAACCUGAGCUGCCAGGAAUCAGUCACUACAACGCUAGCUCUGAGGUCGACUACCAGUAUUUCCCCAGCAAAGGUCUGUCAGGCUCCUCCUCUCAGCUGAACCACUCCAACCCCAUCGGGUCCUUCGUCACCCUGAGGAGAGGACCAGGGAGCUCUGCAGCCAGGCAGGAGAGACCUAAGAGUGCCUUUGAGUGUCUGUCGUCACCUCCAGGGGGCGCACAGGUCUCAGGUAGCCAGCCCCGAGGCCGAAUGACUGCAGAAGAGCAGCUGGAGCGCAUGAAGCGCCACCAGAAGGCGCUGGUUCGUGAGCGUAGGAGGAACCUCAGCCAGGGGGAGCGCACCUGCACGGGCCUCUCCUCGUCCACCGUCACCACCCAACACUCCUCCUCCUCCUCCUCCUCCUUCAGGAUGCCUUCAAACUCUUCAGACCCGCCGACCUGCGAGGAGCGACCGGCUGCUGAGGGUCAGAGCUACGAAGAGUGGGAAAAGGGUAGACAGAGAGACAGGUUUCUGUCUGAUGAGUGGGUGACAGUGCCGUUAAAGUUCAUACGAGAAGUGGACAUUGAGCCGUUCGACUACGAUCUGGACAUCAGCCUGGAGCUGGGCAUGCCGCAGAAAGUGCCUAUACCAGAGCGGUACGUAGAGUCCGAGCCUGAGGAGCCUGCAAGUCCCGAGGAAAUGGAAGAACGUUCUCGAAGAGCUGAGCGCAUCAAGAACUUACUGGCUAAAUCGAGUGUUCAGAACCUCCAACAGUCGGCUCCACUGGACUUCAGUGAACUGGACUCGGCUCUGAAACAACAGGAGAGAAUCAUGAAUGUUUCUCACGCUCUGGCUUCUGAGGCGUCACGCAAGAGCAAACUAGUGGCAGCCAAUGCUGUUGCGCAGCACUGACCCACAGGAACAUUCUGCCAAACUCAGAGACAGAAGAAAGAAUCUCAGCAGAGCCACGAACUAACUGAUUCACUUCUAAAACAUUUUCUAAUGACUGGAAACUGACAGAUUUUUUUUUAAUCCAAUUACUUCUGCACUUACACUGCCAGAAAAUGAGUUUGUUUUUAAUCAACAGUUAGCUGUUUGACAGUUUGGUUUGUUUUUACGAGUGGAUUUUUCAAAUAAAGUGUGUGAUCACUGUUAACAUACUCAGUUCACAGUUUUAAUUGUUUUCACAUUAUUUAUUUAUAAUUUGGAUUUUUUUUAAUACUGUAUUAUAUUUUUUUCAGUGAUCACAUCACGAUCAUAGUUUUGUCAAUCAACUCUAUAUCAACAAUAGUUUAACACAUACCAAAGAGAAAACAUCACUACUUAUAAUAAAAUCAAAUAAAGUCAAGUUCUUCUUCGUGUGUUCACUUUGUUACGGUCUACAGCUUCAUGACAGAAUGUACUCUUUUUGAUCAACUAUAAUCUGGAUUAUCGUUUUAUAUUUACUGUCCUGCAUUUGCUAAUCUGCAUUUGGACUGACAGCAUUUCCCUACUCUUAAGGUCUUUCUACUGCAGAAGCUGAUGAGAUCAGAGGAGAGCUUUAAUAACUUUAGUUACUUCAAUUAAUAGAAAUGUUGGCUUCAGUUGGACAGUUGUAAAUGCACAAAUCUAAAUGAUUUUGUAAAAAAAUAAAUGUACUGCAAACUGGAGCUCCAUGAUUAAGAAAAGGAAAAUUCACACCUUUUAUUUAUCUUCAAACAGAAAAAGUGAAGACAUGUUUCGUGAUUUGUACAGAAAUCCCUUCAAAGUAAACAUAAUUCUGCUCUGCACAACAUGUGACUGACUGUUAAAAUGACGGUUACGAUGUUCAAACAGAAUCAAAACGGGAU